AUGCAUGGACGGAAAGCCAGCAGCUCGAAAGAUGAUAAAGCCAAGCUAGAAAAGGUCAAAGAAUUAAUUCCCCUUGUGAACCAUUUGAUAAAAAAGAAGAAUGAAAAAAUCUAUGAUAAAGAAUACAUAGAGAAGACAUCCCUCAUUUUGAGGAGGUGUCCUAAUGUGCAGACUUUGUGGAAUUUCAGGAAGGAAUAUUUUGAGUCUUUGGUAAAUACCAGCGCACCGGUUGGCGAAGUGGGAAAAGGCGACGAAGAAGCGGACUGCCCAAAGCACCUCCCCCAUGAGGAGCUAAAAACUUUGAUGAAAAAUGAAAACACAAUGGUUGAAGAAAUUAUGGUCAAAUUUAACAAGUGCAACGAUUUAUGGUUUCACAAAUUGUGGAUAAUAAAAUUUGGUCUAAAAAAUGAUUUAAUGGAUUUUUCUGACCUGAUGAAUGAGUUAGAAUAUUGCAAAAGGAACUUCAACAAAGAUGAUAGGAACUUCCACUGUUGGAAUUACCGGUCCUACAUCAUCGCGUGUGUGCAUAUAUAUAUGAAGUGGGCAAAAAAUGGGAAGGCUCACAUUGGGGAAGCUCAAAGUGGGAAAAGUAGUACUGACGAAAGUGACUCCUCCUCUGCACAACUUGCUAACCAAUUUGAUGUCCAUAAAUCCAAUUAUGAACUGUCGAAAACAUUGAUUGAAAGGAAUUUUUCCAAUUUUUCUGCCUGGUUUCUGAAAUACACCAUACGUGAAUCCCUAAUCUGCACCGAAAACGAGUUAGACUUGAUAAAAAAUGCAAUUUUCACGGAUCCGUUUGAUCAAAGUAUGUGGGAAUUUUAUAGAUGGUUUCUUUUUCAUAAGGGUAAUGACAAGGAGGAAAUAUUUUUCACCCUAUUGCAAAAUAAUUGCAUUUAUUUUUUUUUCCAAAAUUUGGUUAAGGCUAAUUUAUCCAAAUCAAAGUGUUACGAUGAUAAGGGAAGGGAAAUAACUGGAGAGUGGGGCAAACAUUUAGUAGAUCUUAACAACCCGCACGAAAGUUUCGAAUCCUACGUAUAUUUUUUCAAACCCACCGAUGAGAAUAUCCUUUUGAAUGGCCAAUCUACUUAUUUAAAAUUUUGCAUAUUUUAUUAUAAGUAUAAUCUUCACGAACCAGGGGAGGUGCAUUACGGAAAAAAUGUCCUGCGAGAUCUAACCGUAUGCCAUGACUUUUUAAGUGAAGAAGACAAGUAUGAGCACAACAUUGUAUACCCAAUCGAUUUGCGCAAUUUUUCCCAAAACGAACAUUUCAAAAUAUUACUAGAUUAUGAUAGACAGGGGGGAGCAGACGCUAAAAUGGAUUCCAAGUCUAGUUGCGUUAGUUCAUUCACUCCUUUAUAUAAAUAUAUCAGUCGCUCUAACAUAUUGCUGAAUACAGCCAAGCACAUGAAUUUCGCUUCAUUAAAUUUGGAGCUUGAGCAAAUAAAUGAACUGCUACUUUUGGAAAGCAAUUGCAAGUUUGCCUUAUUCACCAAGCUCGAAAUGUUAAGAAGGCUGGAACAGUUCGACGAACUUUUCCCCCUACUUGAAUUGUUAAAGCAAGUGGACAGCAUGCGGAUUGGGUACUACAAGGACUUGGAGACGGAGCUGCGGAUACAGAAAAAAGUACAUGAUUAUUACGAGGAUUCCAAAAUGGGCGACAAAGGCACCCUGGAUCUGAGUGGACUAAACAUUGACAACAUAACAUAUCCCCUCAUGAUUGAAGCUUUUUUUAUACCCAGUAUUAAUUUGUCCAACAAUCUCUUAUCAGAGUCGUACACCGGCAAGUGUACAGUAAACUUUUUGUACAACCUGAGGGAGCUAAAUUUGAGUCACAACAAAAUAAAACGCCUCGUGGUGCUAAUGAAGAAUUUGUACAACCUGAAGUUAUUGGAGAAGCUUGAUGUUAGCAGCAACGCACUGGCAAAUUUGGACGAAGAUCUGGACAACUACUCCUUCGUAUUGCUGCCCAAUUUGAAACAAAUUAACAUCAGCGACAGCAACCUUUCCGCGCUGCUGAACCAGAGGUACAAGAAUAUGAGCGAGCUCAACACGUAUAAGGUGGUGCAGGACGGUUCGAAAGUAAUUUUAUCCAAAGAGUAA